CGGGUUGUGUCCGGAUAGAAGGAGCCGCUAUGCCGGCCGUGCAGCCCGAUGUGUCGGAGAUGGCGACGGCCUUGGCCGGGCGGCUGGGCCGCGGGGAGCUGCGCGGCUCCGGGGAGGUGGCGGCUGCCACGGCGGGGCUUCUGCGGCGGAUCGUGGCCCACGGCCGGUGGAGCAGCGCAGGGGAGCUGCUGGAACUGAUUCGGGCAGAGAGCCGGAGGGUGAUUGCAGCCGAACCCUCGGAGACGACGGUGGGGAACAUCAUCCGGCGCGUGAUGAAGAUCGUCCGUGAGGAGUACAGUCGGCUGCGGGGCCGCGGUGAGGAGGGGGACCAGGAUUCGCUCCACAAGCUGCUGACCUCGGGGGGUCAGAGCGAGGACUUGAGCGAGACCCUCGCCCCCCUCAAGACCAACGUCAUUGAGGCCGUCAACGAGCUGCUGCUUGAGCUGGACGGGAUCCAGGACAACAUCUCGGUGCAGGCGCUGGAACACAUACACUCUAACGAGGUGAUCAUGACCCUCGGCCGAUCGGCCGCCGUGGAGGCGUUUCUCCGCGAGGCCGCACGUAAACGGAGCUUCCAGGUGAUCGUGGCCGAGGGGGCCCCCUACUGUCAGGGUCAUGACCUGGCGACCUCUCUCUCUGCCGCUGGGAUCGAGACGACCGUCAUCACCGACGCCGCCAUCUUUGCUGUCAUGUCACGUGUGAACAAGGUGAUCAUCGGCACCAAGACCAUCCUGGCCAAUGGGGGCCUGCGAGCAGUGAUCGGUGCCCACACUCUGGCCCUGGCCGCCCGGCACCACUCCACCCCCCUCAUCGUCUGUGCUGCCAUGUACAAGCUGUGCCCACAGUUCCCCAACGAGGAAAACACAGUGCACAAGUUUGUGUCACCGCAGGAAGUGCUCCCCUUCACAGAAGGGGAGAUCCUGUGCAAAGUGAGCGCUUACUGCCCGGUGUUCGAUUACGUGCCGCCAGAACUCAUCACCCUCUUCAUCUCCAACAUUGGGGGCAACGCUCCAUCCUAUAUCUACCGGCUGAUGAGUGAACUCUACAACCCCGAUGAUCACCAGUUGUAACUCAUUAAACUCACUGAUACCCCUG